CUACAAACCAUGGUUAAGAGAUUCGACUGGUAUAAAGGUGAAGAGAACGAAGAAAAGAAGCAGCAACCACAAAACCCAACUAAACUUAGACACAACGUUCAGGCAGGACAAGUCCUUGUGAUUCUCUCUGGAAGAUUCAGAGGAAAGAGAGUUGUCUUCCUUAAGCAACUCCAGUCUGGAUACAUCCUCGUCACUGGACCAUACAAGGUUAAUGGCGUGCCUUUGUUGAGACUUCCUCAAAAGCAUACCCUCACCACCUCCAAGAUUAUUGAUGUUGCUGGAGUAAACACUGACAACGUUACUGAUGCUUACUUCAAGAAGGAUAAGAAGGUUAAGGGAACUAAAGAAGAGCAAUUUUUCCAAGACGGAAAGAAGAAGAAGGCUGAAGUAUCCCAGGAGAAGAAAGACACCCAGAAAGCUGUUGAUGCUUCUAUUUUGGCAGCCAUCAAGGGAAAGACCGAGGCUAAAUAUUUGAGAGAUGUAUUCACCCUCCAUAAAGGACAAAAAGCUCAUGAGUUGGUCUUCUAAAUAACAUUGUAAUAACGGGAUGUUUGCCAAACUGAU